AUUAGGGGCGCGACUGCGGCGACAGUUGGCGCUGCGGAUGGGGGGGAGGCGCAGCAGGAACAUGAAGCGAAGGACACACGUCUCUUUUGACCAUGAUUAUCUUAGAAGAGGAUGAAUGUACUCCUCUAAAGGGGGACUCCACGACACCAGUAUCUCCCAGUUCACCUUCACAGCUUUCCUCGCCCGACUCGCCGCCUUCGUACAAUGAAGCAGUUGUCCCUAAUUCUCCCAGUCGCCAUCCGUCGUACGAUGCUAUCCCCAUCCCUGAGAGUUUCAGUCUGGAGUCUCAGGACCAUGUGUCUGACAAGGAUCUGCGGCGAAGGAGGAACAAGCGCAAAGUUCAUCUGAUGUUGCUGUUCUUGGCUCUUACCGGAUGUAUUGUGUUCUGGUUGACGUUUGCAAUCUUUUUUGCACCUGGUGGACUUGCUCGGGACGGUGGCAAAAGAGGCAACGAGCCGCCUGGGCCGCCUCCAGAUGGGCAUAAGGGGGGUAAACCCUGGGGGCCACCUCUGGAAGAAGAAGAAGGGUCUCCAGACAACAACGACGGUUCUCGGGGUAAGGGCCCACCUCCUGGUGUCGAGGGUGCUCAUGUUAAUGGCCCUCACCCUUCAGACGGUGAUGAUCACGAUAUUUCCAGAGGACUUCCUCGCGGCGUGCGUUGUACUUCCAUGCAGCGUGUGCUUCGACCUUACCUUUGCGUAGCUCCUGGGGGACCGUGAAUUGCAAGCCAUCCUCCAGAAUAUUGUGAGUCGAUCAUGAGGUGGAAUGCAAGGAUGCAUGACUGCUUAGAUACCCUGGAGCAAGGAC